AAACUGCGAGCGGAGCUGACCCGAGGCUUGAAACUGACCGUUCUCCGGGAGUGAGCUGGACUCCGCGCUGUGCCUUAAGGACGGGGUUUGAUUCCGGGAUCCGAAGCGGCUGGAGCAGCCUGCGGGGGCGAGGGCGGUGCCCGAGGCUGUGAUGCCCCGGCUCAGGUGGUGAGAGCACGGCGGCGUUUCAGACGGAGUCCGGGAACCAUGUCCGCAGCAGCAGCAGGAAAAGAGGCCAGAUCUGAAGUUACAAUUCUCUAUGGAGAGGACGCAAACGAGUGGAGUGUUUACCUGGAAAGUUUGCUCACAGCAGCCUUUAAAGUUCUGCCAUACACAGUAAGCGAGCACACCUUGUUUUCAAGCCAGGAUUACAGCCAGUUUAGGAGAUGUAAGUGUCUCUUGGUUCUACUGUCGCCGCAGCUUGUGGAACUGUUGGCACUGCCCAAGCUGGAGCAGGGACUGCAGAGGGCACUACACCCCGGACACAAAGUGGUCCUGCUAUUUUGUGGAGUGACAGAAACUACAGAACUACAGAACUUGUUCAAAGACUGGCAGAAGUGGAAACAAGUAUCAUGUGACGAUGAGCCAACUGUUUUCAUCUCAGUUGUGGAAGAAGCCAUCAAUAAGGGCUACAGCAGAGACUCGGGCUGUGAUACAACAGAAUCUGAACCACCAGCUGAGCCUCAGGCCAAGGUGCGGAGUAACAUAGCAAAAUCCACUGUGGAGCCAUGUUCCCAAACUUUCAGAGAACCACAAGAAAAUACUGUGAAAGUUCUACCGGACAGGAUCCAAUGUGGGACCCCACAGCAGAUUUUUGUUAUUCUGAAGGUCAAACUGGACACCAAAGUAAAAUGUGAAAUUGACUUUGCAUUGGGUGUAAAGGCUUCUGUUCGUGUUCCAGCGGUGUUUGUUAAUGAGUACACAUUAUCCGCACAAACGCCAGACAUGCCUUCAGGAUUGAUUACACUCACUAUAUACUCAGGGGAUUUGAAAGUAAGCUCGGCAACUCUAGUUUACUACACUGACAUGGAAGAAAUUGAAAACCUCCUGAGGAAUGCUGUCAAUCCUGUGGAAUUUAUGUGCCAGGCUUUCCAUAUUGUACCGUAUAACAGAGAAACACUGGAUAAACUACUGACAGAGUCACUGAGGAGAAACAUGCCAGCUAAUGGAUUGCACAUAUUUGGAAUUAACCAGUUAGAAGAGGAUGAUCUAUCGACGACUCAGCGAGAUGAAGAGCUCCCAACCCUGCUUCACUUUGCAGCCAUGUAUGGUUUGAAGAACCUGACUGCCCUACUUCUGCAGUGUCCAGGAGCAUUGCAGGCUUACAGCGUGGCCAACAGACAUGGGGAUUAUCCAAACAACAUGGCAGAGAAGAAUGGGUAUGGAGACCUGCGGCAAUUCAUGGAUGAGUAUGUGGAGACAGCUGACAUGUUGAAGACUCACCUCAAAGAGGAGCUGUGCGGUGACAUUGAAGGGGAAGGGGAUGAAGAUCUGUACGAGUCCAUGGCAACUGUGUCCAAAGAUAUCUUGAUGAAGUGCACCUUGAACCCCGGCUGUGAUGAGGACAUCUAUGAGUCAAUGAUGGAAAUACUGCCUCCAACAGGGAUUAUGGACAGUGCCUAUGAGCCAAUGUCAAACCUGAUGGGAGCAGCCCAAGCACCUACUCGAGUUCCAGAUCCUUUUGGCUCCACGACCGAUUGCAUACUAAGGAAAUUCCUGCAAGGGAAUAAUGACGAGUCUGUGGACUGUGAUGGUCCUGGUGAAAUGGAAGAGGCAGACAUUUAUGAUACCGUGCCAGAUGAUGACUAUCGUCAAGAGACUACAAGCAGACCUCCACUCCCUGUCCCUCGCCAACACACUGUUCCUAAUGUCGAUGAUAUGAAGCCCUACAUUUCUAAAGUGUUCUGCAGUAAAGAGGAGAAGAGACCAGAGAACCUUUACACUACAGCAUUGCGUAGUCCUGCAGGUGGAUCCUCUGGUCCAGCAAUUCCACCACGCAACAAGCAGCCACUAUCUAGAGCUCCGUCCAGUGACUAUGAUCCAUUUGCGGGGAUGAAGACCCCUGGGCAGCGCCAGCUCAUCACCUUGCAGGAACAAGUGAAGUUAGGCAUGAUCAACGUGGACGAGGCUCUCCUGCAGUUUAAGGAGUGGCAACUGAACCAAAAACGCAGAUCUGAGUCAUUUCGGUACCAGCAGGAAAACCUAAAGAAGCUGCGGGACAGUAUCACACGGAGACAGAACAUCAAAGGGAAAUCUGGUAAACAUCAAGAGUUGGAGAUCACACUUCCUGCUCGAUCAAAUGACCAAAUUCCAGAGAGUGCAGAGUUUGGAGUUUAUGAAGAGAAUUCCAGAUUCAUUCCACCUUGCACAUCACGAGAAGGGAUACAGCGGGGGAUGUGGAAAACAGGAAGCACAUCUAGCACAGCAAGUAGUCUCAGCAGUCGAUCAAGUACACGGAGCAUUCUGAGUUUAAGCAGUGGAGCGGAGGGGGAUAAUGAGGACAAUGAGGCAGUGGACUGUGGGCCUGUGAGCAGGCCUUUGAGCCGACACUGUCCACCCAGUUUACCACCUCCUCGAAUUCCACCUCGCAUACCCCCCAGAAUCCCAUCCCAGGCUCCGGCGAAAGUCACUCCUGCUCCACCUGUGCCACCUAGAGGUCGAUAGUCACAUUUCAGGCACUGGGGGAAUCUGCUCCUCUUUCAAUAAUGCACCAUUUUAACAGAACCUUUCAACCACUUGGAGGGAGACCAGAGACAUUGUUAAAUUCCAAGUGCAGCUUCUAAGCUCAAUGUCUGCUGCGGUUUUUGUUUUUUUUGAUGGUACAUCCGAGUGUGGUUUUGCUGUGAAUUAGCCUGCCAGUCUAUUUAUUUGAUGUUGUAAAUGGUGAGCACCAUCUAGCUGCCAAUCCUGAAACGGUAGCUAAAUGUUUUGACAUGAAACAGAGAUGAUUGCUGUUAUUACUAGACUGUUAUUUCAAAGACCCAGGUAGUGCUCCCACAGAACCAGGUUCUAAUCCCACUAUGGCAGAUGGUGGAUUUUGAAUUCAAUAAAAAAUCUGGAUGACCAUGAAAUCUUUGCCAAUUGUUGGAAAAACCCAUUUGGUUCACUAAUGUCAUUUAAGCAAGGAAGCUGCUGUCCUUACCUGGUCUGGUCUACAUGUGACUCCAGACCCUCAGCAAUGUGGUUGAUUCUUAACUGCCCUCUGGGCAAUUGGGGAUGGGCCGUAAAUGUUGGUCCAAUGUCCCGUGAAUUAAUUUUUAAAAACUGGCUGGUGGGGAAAUCAGGGACAAAACUCAUCCAUACCUCAAAUCAAUGACCAAUUAAAUAAAUCAAGUUUAGAGCAAAUAAAGAACAAAUCUUCUUAAAGAAUGCACUUCAGACUGUUUGAGGAUCAUGUUCAAUGCUUCACCAAUGUAAAUUACAACUAAAGAUUAUCUGAAUGAUUUUGCAGAAUUAGGGUUUCUGCCUGCCUCUGUUUAAAGUUAGAAUGAUUAAGUCCUCAAUCCCACAAAUUCAGCAGGGAGUAAUAGGGUAUAGUACUUUUGAACCUAAAGGAAUUGCAGCCAGUGAUUCUCUGUCUGCCUGGGAACAAAGGGAGUCCCUAAUAUCUAAAAUCCUCAGACAAAAGCUUUCAACAGAGGGGAACAAAAUGACAAUAGAGAGCAGUGUGGAUGAGACCAUUCCCAUCUUCUGCCCCACUCUCAGAGAUGGGGUACUGUCAAAGGGAUUCUCACAGUAGCAUCAGCAUCAGGAGCUUCCUUGUCCCCAGGUGGUUUUGAUCCCUCCCUUCCUGUUUUGGGGGUCUAGUGGUAGAGUUGGAUGCUCGUGAACACUUUAGAAUUGCUGUUGUUAUAGGACUUAUAACCAGCUCUGAGCCAAACUGUCCAGUGCUUGAGGAGAAUGUGCGUGAGAAAGUGUGAGGGCUUGUGAGUGAGAGUGUGAAUAGGCUAUGUCAGUAUAUGUGGAUAGUAUAUGGAUAAUGUGUGCAUAGUGUGAGUGAGUGCCAGUAUGUGUGAGUUUGAAGAGUGUCAGUGUGGGGAAUAUGUCUGAGUAUGUCAGUGUCAGUGUGCCAUUGUUUGAAGUUUUUUUUAUCCCUAUGAUGUGGGUAUCUCUUGCUGGACCAGCCCCUUUAUUGCCCAUUCCUAACUGUCCUGGGAAAAGUGGUGGUGAGCUGCUUCUUGAACCACUGCAGUGCCUGAGGUGUAAGUAGACUGACAGUGCCAUUAGGAAGAGAGUUCCAGGAUUUUAAUUCAGCAACACUGAAAAAAACAGCAAUGUAUUUCCAGGUCAGGAUAGUGAGUGACUUGGAAGUGGAUUUGCAAGUGUUUGUGUCCCGUCCUGUGCUUCCCUUAACUCAUUAGGUGUUAGAUGUCACAGGCUUGGAAGAUGUCGUCGGCGGAGCCUCGGUGAGUAGCUGCAGUGCAUCUUGUAGAUGCUGUUAAUGGGCAUCAACAGUGAAGAGAGUGAAUGUUGAAGGUAAUGGAUGGGGUGCAAAAAAAAUCAAAUGGGAAGAUCAAUGUGCAAGUUAUGAGGACAGUGAGUGAAUGUACUGGUGUCAGUAUGAAUGUGUGUCAGUGAGUUAGUGUGAGUGGACAAUGUAUGUGAGUCAUUACUGGUUGAGGCUCAGUUUCACCUGAGGCUGUAAUGUUGUUCCUGAGUUAGUAACUGGUCAUGCUUGGGAGUAACCUGCCACCUGUGUAGUCCUAACAAAAUGGGUGACAACGGCCAAUUUAAACUCUGCUGCAAAUCUCACAGCUGAAGCUGAAUUGUUUGGUGCCUGUUUCAAAUCCAUGACAAAGUAUAAACAUGCACUUUGAUCAGCUGCAAUUAUACACAUUCCGAUCCACUGCAAUUUUUUUUUAACUGUAGUUGGAAUAACCUUUUUCUGUUUAAAUACAAUUGUGUUUGGAAAGUGCAAAAUGAAGUCCUGAAACUUAAACAUCUCUGGAAGUUGAAAGUUUUAUCUGUGAAUUUGGUGCUUGGUGAGAUAAAGAAUUUUAGUCACAGUGUAAGGCUUCCUUUGCGAAACAAAGUGCGUCACGCAAACCCCUAGAAGAAUAUUGUCCUCAUGUGAACUUGCUGCAGACAUUGUGUGACCGCUCAAUGUGAGUUUGCCUCAUUUGUGUCGUCCUUUGUUCAUUGGAAAGUUGGAAUCUUCAUGUGAGGAAGGAGAAAGACAUGAGAUGGAAAGAAGCUCAGGAGGUGGCUGUGAGCAGAGUGGUAAAGUGUACUCCUUACAGUCCGGAUGAUGAGAAGAUAAUCAGGAUUCAAAGAGAACACUUGGCAAGUGAUCAAGUGGUGAACUGUGAAGCUGGUCUGGUGAAUGAACUUUAACCUUGCUUCCAAUCCCAUGAAUUCUUAUCAUCUUGCGAAGUAGUUUUGACAUUUUUACAAGAUGACUUGCUGAUCAAUGAUUUAGAUCAGCUGUCUGCUGCAAUGAUCAAACUAAUCUUGAAGCUGAGGCCCAUCACCGUGCACUUUAAUCUUUAUUAAUCAUCUUUAUGCGUGGUCUGAAGAAUUUUGACACUUUAAGUGGAAGGUAUUGUGCUUUGUCAUUGUUCUGUACACCAAUAUUAAAUGAUUAUUAAAAUACAA